AUGGAUGGCGCCGUCAGGGACCUGGCCGCCCUCACCACGCGGCUCCUCCUCCACCUCGGAAGCGACAAAACUAACAUGGCCAUCUCACCGUUGUCCUUCCACUCUGUGCUCGUCCUUCUCGCUGCUGGUGCCACGGGCGACACCUUUGCUCAGAUCGUCUCCUUCCUGGGCUCCUCUGGUGACACAGCGCAUGCUUCCCUCGCCUCUCAGGUAGCCUCUGGUAUUUUCGCCGGCGAGAACAGCGCGGGGCCCGAAGUCCGGUGCGCUGUAGGCGUUUGGGUGGACUCAUCAUUCCAGCUUAGGCCCGAGUUUGCAAAGAAGGUCGCCGUUCAGUACAAGGCCGGGGCGCGAGCCAUGCCCUUCCAAGAUAAGGCUGACGAGGCCACAGUUGAGAUCAACCGCUGGUUCGAGGACAAGACGGGCGGCUUCAUCCGAGACCUCAUUCCGCACGGCCACCUCGACAGUGACACAAUCCUUGUCGUCGGCAAUGCACUCUACCUGAGAGGCACAUGGCUGGACCUCUUCGACCGCGAUGACACCAUGGACGGCGACUUCUUCUUGCCUGACAAGAGCAGGCGUGCCGCUGUGCGAGUGCCAUUCAUGACGAGCAGAAACCGCCAGCUUAUCAGCUGCCAUCCCGGCUUCAAAGUCCUGCAGCUGCCCUACGAGGGCGGCGGCAACCGCAGGUUCAGCAUGCACAUUUAUCUCCCCAACGAGCGUGAUGGCUCAGGGGCCUUGGUCCGUGAGCUCAGCUCCGACACGGCCGGGUUCCUUGACCGUGGCGUCCCUGCACGGCCGGUCGAGGUGGGAGACUUCAGGAUCCCCAAGUUCAAGGUGUCGUUCAAGACAGAGGCGUCGAAACUUCUGCGGGAUAUGAGGCUGGAACGGCCGUUCCGGCCCUCGUAUGACUUCGCGGAGAUGGUUGACUGCUCGGAACCUCUUGUGGUGGGGAGCGUGCUCCAUGAGUGUGUUGUUGAGGUCAACGAGGAUGGAACCAUGGCCGCUGCAGCCACCGAAGCUGAUAUGAUUGCGGGCUUCUCCAUCGAGGGGGAGGAGCAUGUUGAAGUUGUCGACUUCGUGGCGGAUCACCCAUUCUUGUUCCUCGUCAGGGAGGACAAGAGUGGCAUAGUGCUUUUUGCAGGGCAAGUGGUCAAUCCUCUGCUCUAG